AUGAAAAUUCUCUGCACAGUGGAAAAGCCGGAUGAAGAAACUCCGACAAAUGUGGGUAAAGCAUACAUGAUGAUACGAAAGUACAAAGAACAGUCUUGUGAUGUUUUCCGCCUUUUGUUUCAUCACCACACUCAAGUUCAGCCUUCUAUUCUAUCAUCUUAUACAUCAUUAUCGGAAAAUAUUUUGUCUGAAAAUCCUCUUAGGAAUCAAUUUAUAGUUGAAAGCUUUUCUACUUCAUCAUCAUCAUCUACUUAUUCACUUAUUCAUUUAAAUGUUGUAUUAAAUACUAAUACAAUAUCAAAUACUAAUAAGCUUCGAAGUUGA